AUGGACCCCGCUCUCGACUCCGUGGCUUCUUCAUUGGAUCCAAACAGUCGUUACUACAGCAUGGUAGCUACGGUCAAUAUUCUCAAUCAAGCUAGGAAGGGAAAACGAAGGGUCGUCGGUUCAUUUCUCCCAAUAAGUCUAUCUACCGCCACUUCCAAGACCAGUAGCUCUUCACUCAAUAGGCAGCAGUCUUCAGAUAGUAGCAAGACAAACGUACCUUACAGAGUCAAAUCUCGUUGGCAACAAGUUUUACCUCGAUCGUGUUCCAAUCGUCUCAAGCCAGUUGAAGGAACACCCAUCCCUGAUGUUGCUUUGCAAGAGGCAGGCAACAUUGCCAAUAAGUCCCAAGGCAGCAGAGCUGAUCCCACAACAGCUGUAGGGUUGGCAGCGGCAGAGAUGAUUCUUCGGAGGAGGAAGAUCCGAAGUUGGAGAGUUGCAAGAAAGAAAAUACUAUACCAGAAGUUUCGUCGCGUUGCAUGGCUUGCAAUUCUAGUCCGGCGCGUGUGUAAGAUGCACUUUAUUGAAGUCAGUGACGAUGCAGAUCUUUCAUUCGCCCAAGUAUCAACCAAUAGGCCUACCGCAAGGCAUGACAUGAUGUUUGACGUCACUCAAUUCAGAGCCAAGAAACAGAAGCUGUUGUCGUUGGAGGCGAAACGAAUUCUGCGAACUCCAGCAGAGGAACGUACAACACAGGAACUGUAUUAUGUGCAAAUAGCUGUGCGUGGAUUGAAGGAUAUUGCUGGUUACCCUGUCAAUAUGCAGAAGCGUCUAGCCAAGGUUUGCUGGUAUGAGUCGUAUGGACACAACCGCGUCAUUGUUAGAGAAGGACACAAACCACGAUGUUUUUACUUCGUCUUCUCGGGAUCAGUUGUAGUGACUGUGCUGGAACCAGGUCGAUUAACACAACGCACUGUCGCCAUUUUAAAGAGAGGAGACAGUUUUGGUGAACUCGCUAUAUUGAACCAAAGUAAACGAACCUCAACAGUUACAUCCCGUGAAGACCUGGAACUUCUAGUUAUAUCUAUUGAGGAUUUUAUGAAGAUUUUUAUGUCAGGCGGAGUAAAAAGACUCACUGAUUCAGACCACAUUGCAUUUAUAAGGAGUAUCGACUUCCUAAAGGGUUGGCCAAUCGAGCUACUUGAUCUAAAUCCAAAACAAUGCGUCUUCAAUUUUUUCAGAAGAGGCGCAGUGCUAGUCAGGGAUAGUAAGUGUUCAAAUUGGAUCUAUAUUGUCAAAACGGGUAGCUGUUCUGUUAUAAUAAAGCUUAAACAAGGGAAAUCAACCGAAAAAACAUCAAAGAAUACAAUAAAGAAAGAAGGGAAGAGAACCAUGGGUUCGAAGCACCCCAACCUCGUCUGUCGUCUGCCGCCUUCACGUCACGAGGCAAGACUCAUCAAAAAAGAAAACUCAUUUCUUCGUAACAAGGUUCGCCUCUUGCAAAGAACAAGGCCAUCAUUGUUUCACCGCGGUAUGGAUUUACCUCUAGUAUCACCAGCUGGUCACGGUGAACAUAGUAAGCUAGACAUGGAGACAACUAAGAUGGAAAGCAAGGAGCUAAGGAGGAUUAUUGAAGCCUCUGGAUUAACAAUACAUGAAGAGGAGAAGGAUGAAGACAGUGGAAAGACGGAGGAACACGAAGAUUCGAGAAAUGAGGAAGUCAACGUGGAUAACAACGACAAUGAAGAACCACAACAAGCUGUCUUUGGACCACGCCGCACAUUUGCAGAUGAUCUGAAUGCUCAAAGUCAGAAGGUUAAAACGAAUACUUUAGAAGACAACGAUAAUGAUGUUGUUUACAUCUGCGUCCGAUUACUUGUAAAGGGAGGUGCAUUCGGAUUGGCUGAGUUGAUGUUUAGUGAGCAACCAAGCGUCAGUCUUGUUAGUAACGGAGCAGAAUGUGUGGUUCUUUCCAAACAUUUCUUUCUUGAGAAUGCACCAGAGCAUCUUAUUCACCGAACCAGACUGUUGGUAACGCCAUACGGCAGCGUAGAAGAACUACAAGAAAACUUUCAAAAAGAGCUUUCUUGGAAGAAAUAUCGCGACACGACACUUCGUGAGACAGUUGGCAAACUUCAAACUGAGAGGGCGACAUUGAAAAGACCUGAUCACACUUCGUAAUAUUGCACUUGGUGCCUGAAGAAGAAGAAAAAAAUACGUCAGCGUAGUAAUCCCUUCCGUAUAUUAA